CUACUUGUCAUCGUACGGAUCAGAUACGAUUUUUCUGUCAACCGGGUCAUAUAUUUAUAGCCAUUUGAGUUUUCAGACAAGGGCACUAUCUUUAUCUUGCGGCCAUUUCAUGGAGUCGCCUGCAAGAUUAUCUGCCAUCUUCCUCUUCCUCUUCGUCCUCGUCGGCGCGCUUGUUUGCACACGCUUGCUCAACUCCUCCACAGAGACUCUAAUUAGUACUACUACAUCUCAAGUACCUACAUUAACCACCAAAACAUCCCAAACAUACCCUAACAAAACCGGUCAAAUUCCCCAAAACCCCUCGAGCCAAUUGGAAAUCCCACUCAACUGCAGUGCCUACAACCUCACAACUACCUGCCCUUCGAACUACCCUACCACAUUCCACCCGGAGCAAGAUCCUGAUCGUCCAGCAUCGCCCACGUGUCCGGAAUACUUUCGUUGGAUACAUGAAGACCUACGGCCAUGGGCCCACACCGGGAUCACACGGGACAUGGUGGAGAGGGCUAAUCGGACGGCCAAUUUCAAGCUGGUGAUUGUGAAUGGCAAGGCUUACGUCGAGCAAUAUGAGAAGGCGUUUCAGACCAGAGAUACUUUUACAAUAUGGGGGAUCCUACAGUUGUUACGGAGGUACCCAGGGAAAGUGCCGGAUCUGGAGAUGAUGUUUGACUGCGUUGACUGGCCCGUCAUUUUGUCAGGGGAUUAUGACGGACCCAACUCUACUACUCCACCACCGUUGUUUCGCUACUGUGGGGAUGACAACACACUUGACGUUGUCUUCCCAGAUUGGUCCUUUUGGGGAUGGGCUGAAAUCAAUAUAAGGCCAUGGGAGAUUUUGCUAAAGAACCUAGAGGAAGGCAACAAGAGGAGCAAAUGGCUAGAUAGAGAACCUUAUGCUUAUUGGAAGGGAAAUCCAACUAUUGCUGAACACAGGCAAGAACUCAUGACAUGCAAUGUUUCUGACCAGUAUGAUUGGUAUGCUCGCCUUUAUGCUCAGGAUUGGUCUCGCGAAGCGCAGGAAGGGUUCAAGAGAUCCGAUUUAGCAAGCCAAUGCGUUCAUAGGUACAAGAUCUACAUAGAAGGCUCUGCUUGGUCUGUGAGUGAAAAGUACAUUCUUGCAUGUGAUUCUGUCACGUUGAUAGUAAAGCCCCGUUACUACGAUUUCUUCACGAGAACUUUGAUGCCGCUGCACCACUACUGGCCCAUAAAGUAUGAUGACAAGUGCAGAUCUAUCAAGUUUGCUGUUGAUUGGGGCAACAGUCACCAGAAAAAGGCGCAAGCAAUCGGAAAGGCAUCAAGUAAGUUAAUUCAAGAGGACUUGAAGAUGGACUAUGUGUAUGACUACAUGUUUCAUCUUUUAAACGAGUAUGCAAACCUCUUACAAUUCAAGCCUAGGAUACCUCAAAAAGCGAUUGAACUCUGCUCGGAGGCAAUGGCUUGCCAAGCAGAAGGGUUAGAAAAGAAAUUUAUGAUGGAAUCUUUGGUGAAGGGUCCUGCAGUCGGUGAACCUUGCAGCUUGCCUCCGCCUUAUGAUCCGGCGUCUCUUUUUGAAGUGCUUCGUACAAAAGAAAGUUCAAUCAAACAAGUAGAAACAUGGGAGAAGAAUUAUUGGAAGGAUCAUGAGCAGUCGUAGAGAGGGUUACAUAGAAACACAUACACAUAGAUAUAUAUAUGUACUGGUGUAUACAACUAGUUUUGAGUACUUACAACCUAGCCUGUCUUAUGAUUACUCCUUUCUAAAUAUUACUAGCAGAAAGAUUUUCCACUACAAGAACAACAACAAAGCCUGAUUCCAUAAGUGGA